GUUGAAAAAAAUCCACCGUUUCUUGGAAGGAAAGAAUCUCAUUUCUAAAAGAAGGUGUAGUAAAAAGCCCAAUCACCCGAAAAACGUCCACGCAAUUGGGUCCAGAACCCAACGACAACAGGCUUCAGGCCCAGAUUCAACGAGGAAACCCCAAAUCAACUCUUCCCAAACUACCAUCCCGUAUUGUCGAACUCGAACCUCAACUUCCAGAGAUAGCGGAAACUCAUCGAGAAGCGGCAGAUAUCGAAUAGUAGCAAGUGAGUGAGCCAUGGCAUCUGCAAUCCUGAGGCGAACUGGCUCCUCUGCUGUAAAGUCAAUGGUUGAUGCUCUCCGAAUCGGUGCGUCAUCGAGGUCAUAUGCAAAGCUUUCGGUAGGCACUGACAUGGUCUCCGCUGCGCCAGAUGUAUCCCUCCAGAAAGCCCGGACCUGGGACGAAGGUGUCUCCUCUAAGUUCUCCACCACUGCUCUAAAAGACAUUUUCAAGGGGAAGAAAGUCGUGAUUUUUGGCCUCCCUGGUGCAUACACGGGGGUUUGUUCGCAACAACACGUGCCUAGUUACAAAAACAACAUUGAUAAGUUCAAGGCUAAAGGGAUUGAUUCGGUGAUUUGUGUGGCUGUUAAUGAUCCGUACGUCCUGAAUGGCUGGGCAGAGAAACUUCAAGCUAAAGAUGCUAUUGAAUUUUAUGGGGACUUUGAUGGGAGCUUUCACAAAAGCUUGGAGCUAGAUAAAGAUCUAUCUGUUGCUUUGCUUGGGCCUCGCUCUCAACGAUGGUCAGCAUAUGUGGAAGAUGGAAAGGUUAAGGUUCUUAAUGUGGAGGAAGCUCCAUCUGACUUCAAGGUUUCUGGUGGCGAGGUUAUUCUGGGACAGAUCUAAUGCUGCUUCAGUCUGAUUUCUAAUCAACGAGAACGCUAAACGUUUUUCAAGAGAUGCCUAUGUAUAAAUGAUGGUUGAAAGUGGGACUACAUGCAUUAAUAAAUCCAGAGUUGCUGAUAUUUGAUGUGUUGAUUCCAGGGCUAUCUUAAUUAGCCACGUCAUGUCUGUUACAUUCAAUACAUUACAUGGAAUAAAUUAGCUUUACCUUUCUCUGUGAAA